GCCCCCCCAGCGGAAAAAAAUGGCUGCUUCGGCGGCAGCGGAGGGUUCGUGUCCCGGCUUAUGCCCCAGCUUUGCUGUGGUCUGUUCGUUUUUGGAUCGCUAUGGGGGUAUGCUGGACCUACCAGAGAUUACCUUUCCACAACUGGAAAAAGCGCUGCAGGACACGGCGACAGUUAAUAAAACCCUGGUGGAGCUCCAUGUGAAGCUGAUGAGAAAAAUUGGGAAGUCUGUGUCUGCAGAUAGGUGGGAAAAGUACUUGCUCAAGAUGUGUCAGGAUUUCAACAGUACUUGGGCAUGGGAACUGGAGAAGAAGGGCUACCAGGAAAUGAAUGUGGAGAGCAAAGCUGGCAUUCUUAAGUUUCUUUGUGAAUGUCAGUUUGAUGAAAACUUGAAAUUUAAAAAUGUGAUCAAUGAGGAGGAUCCUGAUGCAAUGCGACUACAGCCAAUUGGGCGGGACAAAGAUGGCUUGAUGUAUUGGUUCCAGCUUGACCAGGAGCAUAAUGUGCGUGUUUAUGUAGAAGAGCAAGAUGACCAAGAUGGAUCAUCAUGGAGAUGUGUUGUCAGAACCCGGAAUGAUUUAGCUGAGAUUGUAGAACUUCUUAAAGCUCAGAUUGACCCCGCCCUGCUUAAAAAAUCAGAGCAACAGGAAGAAUCAUCUACCAGCCCUAAUCAUGAGAACCAAGAGAUAAAAAAUGAGGAAAAAUUAACUACAAAAUUAGAAGGAGAUUCUUGUGAUGUUAAAGUUGAGAAUGUUAAGAAAGAGGCAAAGGAAACAGAAAGCAAACCACCCGUUCUGAAUACCAGCACAUUUAAUGAAGUGGGAAAAGCUGAAAUCAAAGAGGAACAUCUAAAAAAGUGUGAAGACAUUUCAAAUGAAGAUACCAAGACAAUACUUAAGGAUCAUGGAAAAUCCAUUGUAGAUGAUAACCUCAAAACUUUAAAUACAGCAAUGAAACAAGAUCCUAAAGCCCCAGAUGGUACAAAAUCCUCUGCUAUAAGUUCUACGUCCUCAUUACCUGAGAAGUCCGACAUCUCAAUUAAAAUUGAUCCACCAGAGGAGAUCAAAGAAAAAUCCACAGAAGAGGUGGAGAGAGCCCUUAAAAAUGAUCAGCAAGCCAAAAUUCCAUUAAAGAAGCGAGAACUAAAACUGACUGAAGAUUUUGAUAAUGGUGGAAAAGUUGUUCGAAAUGUGCCUGUUACACCCACAAAAGAGUUGCUGAAAGAUGAAGGAAAAUCGGAGGAAGAAACUGGCCAGCAGACAUCAUUAUCUCUUGCAGGGUUAGAGAAAAAAGAUGGAAAAGAUCUUCUUAACGGUGAAGUCACCACAGUGAAAGAACAUAGUAACCACAGAAUUCGAGAUGAAUCUAUGAACACUGCAGUAUCUCCAAAGGUUAAGGAACAUAAAGAACAAGAGCUUAGUAAGUUAGUCCCAAAGGAUGAAAAUACUGUUAUGGAGAAAAAUGGGCAAGAAGCAUCUGGUCAGAAAACAUUUGUAGAAGCACACAGAAGUCAAGAGACAAGUGUUAUCAAGAGCAACUGUUCAAAGCUGGAAAAAAGUGCUGAGCCUAAAGUAGAAAGGGAUCUUGGAAAGAAAGCUGAUAGUGCUGCUGUCGGAAACUCAUCUCUGCAGAAAGAAAGUGAGGAGCAGUUCAAGGUCAUCACAUGUUCUUCAGCUAAGUCAGAUUCGGUGGAACAGCCAAAGAUUGCUCAGGAAGAAAAAAAUGAAACUGUUAAUGUAGAUUCAAGAAUAGAUAUUCACGAAUCUAAGAAAGACAUGUUAGGCCAUGCAAAUACUAAUGCCCCAGAAAAAAUAACAAAUGCGGAUAGCGAGAAAGAGCUUAAAAAGUCUAAGGAGGCAGGAGUAACAGAAGUCAUUGUUAUUAAUGAUACAGUAUCUGACACUUCAGAGGGAAAAAAUGAUGGUGGCAGGUUGGAAAAAGAAUCUAGUAAGGUGCAAAAAGGUACACCUGACUCUUCACAGUCAAAAAAAAGUCAGAAAAGAGUAGCCCGACUCACACGGCAGACUGCCAAGGCUGGUGCAGAGGUUUUGGCAGGAGAAGCUGAAGGACCUAAAAAGGAUGAAAGUACCAAAGAUGCUGAAGAUUCUAACAGUAAUGAAGUAUCAUCAGAGAUCCAAAAGGAAGGUAUCAGGCUAAAGAUCAAAAUACCAGCCAACAAAAGGAAGCCUAAUGAUCAGAAAGAGGAAAAGAAACAGGAAGUAAAAACAGAAUUACCAGAUGUGAGGUCUCUGAGGCGAUCACCUAGAAUAUGUAGACCUACACCAAAGGUAGCAGAAAUUCGUGAAAAGAAAGUGGAAAAAAAACAAGCAUCAAUGAAAGAUCAAGAAGAUGAGGAAGAAGAUGAAGAACAGGAGGAUGAAGCUAAGGCUUCUUCACGGAAAAAAGAAAGAGAAGCAAAAAAAGUGGACCAAGAAGCACAAUCUAAAGCAAAGGGUAGGUCCCGUCGUCUCCGGCGUCCUAGGUGGACUGGAUAUCGCUGGCAGAGUCGGAAAGCACAAGGCUCAAGUGACGAGGAAGAGGAAAGUGAAGAAGAUGAUAGUGAUGAAGAUUACAAAGUUGAGAAGGAUAAGGAUAGAGACAAAGAUGAUUCUGCUGAUGAAGAGGAAGAAACGCCAAAUGAUGAUCCUUGCAAGCAUUGCGGUCUCUCUAAUCACCCAGAACUGAUUCUACUCUGUGAUUCCUGUGAUAGUGGUUACCAUACUGCAUGCUUACGACCACCUCUGAUGAUUAUUCCAGAUGGAGAAUGGUUUUGUCCACCUUGUCAACAUAAACUUCUGUGUGAGAAACUGGAGCAGCAGCUACAAAACUUAGAUAUUGUUCUGAAGAAGAAAGAACGAGCAGAGCGGAGACGUGAACGCUUGGUGUACGUGGGUAUCAGCGUUGAAAACAUCAUCCCACCUCCCGUAAGUAACACGGACUUGGAUACUAAUGGCCGUAAAGCUUUUAGCCCACACACACUCAAGGAACCAGAAGUAGAAGAUUGGAGGGAAGAAAAGAAAAAAGAAUCUAAGAAAUGUAAAACUCUGGAAAGGAGGUCAACAAGAGCUAGAAAAUUUAUCAGCUACAGAUUUGAUGAAUUUGACGAGGCAAUUGAUGAAGCAAUAGAAGAAGAUAUCAAAGAAGCUGAAGGAGGAGGUACCGGUCGUGGGAAGGAUAUGUCAAACAUUACAGGACACCGUGGAAAGGACAUUUCUACUAUUCUGAAGGAGGAAAGCAAAGAAAAUCGGCGGCCACAGCGGGCUGCAGCUCUACGAAGAAAGAAGCGCAGAAGGCUCAAUGAUCUCGAUAGUGACAGCACAGUGGAUGAAGAUGAAAGUGAUGAGUUUCGGAUCAGUGAAAGCAGUGAAGAGGAAGAGUUUGUGAUAUCUGAAGAUGGCGAGAGUGAUGGCGAAAUGCCCUCAAAUGAUGAUGACAGUGAUUUUGGGCUUCGUACUAGAAGGACCCGUCCAAGACAAGCAAAGGUCAGAAGGCCAAGCAGAGCAUUGCGACGAAGGCGGAGCAAAAGGGAACUCUCCGAUGAUGAUGAGGAUGAAGAAACAACAUCAGGAGGAGAAGAGGAGGAGGAAGAGGAAGACGAUGAUGAUGAUGAAAUAACAGAGAGAUCAAGUGAGUACAGUGAUCAUGAUCUGGACCUCCGCAGGCGGCGGUCUUGUAGAAGCCAGAAAAAAGAAGUAAACUACUGCGAGACAUCAGAAACUGAAGGGUCCCAGAAGAGCUUUGGCAGCCGAAGGGACAAAGCACGAAUGCACCGCCGAUUUAUUUCCAGCUCUGACAGUGAAGGGAGCAUCCGAACCAAAGAUUCAGAGGAAGAGAAUUUUGACUCAAGACCAUAUAGACCGCCACAAAAACAGAAAAGGAGGAAAACUGAUGAGGAGGAAGAGGAGGAUAGACCUGUCCGCAAAAGGUUGAAUCGAAUAGAGACUGAUGAGGAUGAGGAGGAUGGAGAGAGAGAAGCGUCCAAGAGAAAAAAAUCACCAAUAACAGCAAUCAUCAAGGUGGAAGAGGACCUUGUAGAUCGAGGGGAGUUACCUUUAGACUAUGCCUUAGUAGAGCUACCAUCAACCAAUGGACAAAGCCCAGGAAAAAGUCUAGAAAGCUUGCUUCCCAGGCCUGGAACCACUUUAGGUGGUGUCUCAACUAGUGGUGCAUCUAAAAACAGUACCAUGGCUUGCAGCACAGCCUCAAAUCUAGCACCAAAUGGCACUGCCGGACAGGAAGCUCCUCCACAGGAUGAAGAUGAUGACGACCUUUUUGGAGUGACAGAUCUUGUAGACUAUGUUUGUAAUAGUGAACAGCUGUGAGAUAUUGGCUUUUCCCCUCCUCUUCCUCUUAUGUACUUCCAAAUUUAGGAGCUAAUUUAUUCCAUAGUAAUUGCUCCUUGGAAAGGAUUGGAGUAGUAGGGUGGAUUUUGGGCUUAAGGGUUAGGGAGGGUAGGUGGGUUUUUUCCACUUCUCUCUACAUAAAAAAAAUACCCAAGUCUUUCAUUAAAUAGAUUCUUCACAUUCGUCACCCUUGCCCUCUCUCCUCAUAGAAAAGACUUUUUUUUUUUUUUGUUUUUGGUUUGCUGUACUAUA